CUCCGCCUAAGAUGCCUCUAGUUUUGACUCAGCUGAACUACCUCUCCCCAGGCUAGCGGCCUGAUGAGCUCGCUCUUUCUCUCACUCUGCUAAGAGGCCCGCCGGCAGUUCAGGGGAGAGGGCUCGCUCCUCGCUCGCUCUCUCUCUCCACUCUCUCCCUCUCUCCAUCACUCCCUCUCUCCCCCUCUCCCCCUCUCCGCUUUACGGCUGCUGAAAACCCCAUGCAGAGCUCAGCAGCCGUACCGCAGACAAGCCCGCUCCUGCCAAGAGAAAGCUGAAAACAACAACAAUAACGAACAGAAUCUCAGAAUUGGAAGGACCAUUUGGGGCCAACCCACACCUGAACAGGAGUUUCCAUCUUCCGCAUCACCAACAAAUGACCAUCCAGCCUCGACUUCAAAGCUCCAUGGGGUGAAUUCUUCAAUAUCCCCCAUUUUGCCGAUGGGAAGACUGAGGUUUAAAGAAAUGAAAUGAUUUGACCAGGAUCCCACAGCAGAUAAGUCAGCCUAGCCAAGAUCAAGGAGACGCAGUAACAGAAGGCUGGCACCAGGUGUUGGUUUCUUUUGACCAUGCCAACUCAUGAAGCCAUCUAUUAAGGUCUGGAGGGGUUGUGAUCUCCAUCUGUGGAAGGGCAUACUUCUCCUACUGAGGAAAUCACUAGCCUUUUGAAAUAUCAAAUGCAUUAGUUGAGAACUGCAAAGACAAAGAUAGAAAUAUGCCUGAAUGAAACAGCGGUCUGUGAGAGAUGCCCUUUGCUGUCUUGGCCUCAAGGUAAAAAGAUGGCCUAUCAAAAGGUGAAUGCAGAUCAGAGAGCCCCCGGACAUUCUCAGUACUUAGAUAGUGAUGACCUUCAGGCUGCUGCCCUUGACCUGGAAUGGGACAUGGAACAGGAGUUGGAGGAGCCUGGUUUUGACCGUUUUCAGCUUGAUGGUGCUGAGAACCAGAACUUGGGGAAUUCAGAAACUGGGGACCUGGAUCUCGAUUCCAUUCAGCCAGCCACAUCCCCCAAAGGAAGGUUCCAGAGACUUCAGGAGGACUCAGGCUAUGUGAGCCGUUACCCCAGGACGACACCAAAGAACAGCCACUGUAGUAUUUUCCGCUUCUCCAAAAUCUUUUGCACUCUGACCCUCUUAUUUAUUUUGGGGAUUGUGAUUGGAUAUUAUGCACAUACAAAAUGCCCUUCCCAGGAUCCUUCUCCAGGAAUGUCAGAUCCUCAUCUGUACCAGGAUAUCCUCAAAGAAAUCAAAGCAGAAGACAUCAAGAAGCUUUUCAGACAUUUGAUACAAUUGUCUAAAAGUGAAGAUGACACAGAAUUUGCAGAGAAGCUCAAGGUUCAGUGGACUUCUCAUGGCCUAGAAGAAGUACAGCUUUUCAAUUACUCUGUCCUGCUUAGCUUGCCGGGCUCUUCUCCAAACACGGUGACUCUGAAGGACAGCAGCCAAUGCUUUUAUCCUAAUGGCCAGCCAUGUGACCAAGAGCCCAGAAAGGAUCCCAGCCAAGGACUGCUGUACUCAUAUGCUGCCUACUCUGCCAGAGGAACUCUCGAGGCUGAAGUCAUUGAUGUGAGGUAUGGGACUGUAGAAGAUGUAAGCCAGAUUCGAGUGAUGAAAAACGUGACCAAUAGGAUUGCCCUGUUAAAAAUAGGAAAACUCCCUUUACUCUACAAGCUUUCGCUGCUGGAAAAAGCUGGGUUUGGAGGCAUUCUUCUUUAUGUUGAUCCUUGCGAUUUACCAAAGACUACCAACCUUAGCCACAGCCCUUUCGUGGUUUCACUGAAUCCUGGAGGAGAUCCUUCUACACCUGGUUAUCCCAGUAUUGAUGGAAGCUCCAGAGAAAGCCGAUCCGACCUCACUCAUCUGCUCGUUCAGCCCAUCUCUGCAUCUCUUGUUGCCAGACUGUUUGCUUUGCCCAAGGAGAGGGAUCAGGCUGAUACCUGCAGGCCUCUGCAGCUCUCACAUGAUGAAAUCAGAAUCGUCACAAUGAAAGUUCAGACAGUCACUGAAUACAAGACGCUCACCAACGUUGUCGGCUAUCUCAAAGGAGCUUCAUUUCCUGACCGGUAUAUCAUUGUGGGUAGCCACCAUCAGAGCCUUUAUGGUUACAAUGGACAAGAAUGGGCCAGUGGAACUGCCAUCAUUACAGCGUUUAUCCAGGCCUUGAUGUUAAAAGUGAAAAGAGGCUGGCGACCUGAUCGGACGAUCGUCCUUUGCUCAUGGGGAGGAACGACAUUUGGCAACGUUGGCUCCUACGAGUGGGCAGAGGAUUUCAAGAAAGUGCUUCAGAAAAAUGUUGUGGCUUAUGUCAGCCUUCAUAACCCUAUAAAGGGUAACUCAAGCCUGCAUCCCAUAGCAUCGCCUUCUCUUCAACAACUGGUAGCAGAGAAAAAGGAUUUCAACUGCUCCUGGAAAACAAAGUGCCCAGAAGCCAACCUCAGUUCUGUGCAGAUGCAGGGGGAUGGAGAUUUCUUCAUCAACCACCUCGGAACUCCCAGCGUUCAGGUUGUCUACGAGGACCUCAAAGCAUUAGAGGGUCCAAGCUUUCUCUCCGAGGCCCUUUUUCCUGUUCGGGCUGCAGAAAUUGAAGAAUUGGAUCCUUUCUUCAACCUCCAUGAAACUAUUGCAAAGCUCUCAGGAGAAGUGAUUUUGCAAAUUGCCAGUGAUCCAGUUCUGCCCUUUAAUGCUCUGGAUAUAGCAUUAGAAGUUCAAAACAGCCUUAAAGGUGACCAGCCCCACAUGUUCCAGCUGCUGGAGAUGGCUUCUCGCCUGAGGGACAGUGCAGAAUUGUUCCAGUCAGAUGAAAUGCGCCCUGCUAACGAUCCCAAGGAGAGAGCCCCCAUCCGAGUCAGGAUGCUGAAUGAUAUUCUCCAAGACCUGGAAAAGAAUUUCUUAGUGCAGCAGGUGCCGCCAGGCUUUUACCGAAACAUUCUGUACAGGCUGGAUGAGAAGACCCACCAAUUUUCCAUACUCCAUGAAGCUUGGGAGCAUGAAAAGUUACAUCUGUCAAAUGAGACCCUUCGAGCAGCCCUGUCCAAGGUGCUGAACAGCAUCAAUUCAGCUCAGGUUUACUUCAAAGCAGGACUUGAUCUGUUCGAGAGUGGCUUGUUGGGAAAGAACUGAGAAAAGUCUCAGCAUUAAAAAAGUUUGUUUACAAUUCAACAAGCAAAAUCUCUAUUCUGACCAGGAUUUCUGUGAGGUUGAAGGCUUUUUUUCAAUAGGUUUUCAACUGUUGUCUAAAUGAACUAUUAUGUGUUUAAAAAUGUACAUGAAAAAGAGCCUUUUGCACAUUUAAUAUUUUUCAUACGUCUACAUUUUGAAAUGUGUAAGAGCAAGUUAUAGGAUUAACCAUUAAGAUUUAUCUUUUAGAAAGAAAUCUGCUGUAUUUUUAUAUAUGUAUUGAAAAAAUGCUAUGUUUUGGGGAAUGAAGCCCAAAAAGUUCUGGACAAUCUUUGCUCCUGUGGAUGAAACACAUAGGAAUGUUAUUUAUCGCCUAUAUGUAAGCACUAUUACUGACCCGGUUUCUAAAAUAGAAAUGGAAAAUUGAUAAAGUUGCAGUUUAAUUUCAAUGGUAAGUGUUUUUUAUGAAGAAUUCAGCUGUUUUGACUGAGUAACCAGUUGACCAAAAACUCCUUUGAAUGUUUCUGUUUGUGAAAUGAAGUGCCUGAUCUUAACACAAGUAGAUGUAGUAAUACACUGGUUACAAAACUAUAGUUUUCAAAUGUUACCAAUCAAAGAGCCAUAAACAGUCCAGGAAAACUCGAGGUAUAUCUGUACAAAACAAUUUAAAGGCAAAUUUUCUCUGCUAAGGUAUGUAGUGACUAGCUUUGAACCUCCUCAUUUGUCUCAGUUGGGUUUGUAAGAAUGUAAGGAAAGGUACAAAUUGCUGAGACAGAAGGACAUAUGGGGAUCCUGGAUGGAACCACUGUAGCUUUAAACCAGGGCACCCUUAAAAUGGACUGAUUACUCAAUGAUCUUCUUUUCUGUAGCUUGAGCAACACUUGUUGUGAGGCAUUUUCCCCAAGAACAAGUCAGAAGCAUUUUUACAGAAAUGAAGACCAAGUUUCUCUUUGAAAACAUAAAUGUUUUAGAAAGAAGAAAGUUACUCUCUCCAUCACUGAAGAAAAGCAGGUCUUUGAGAAUGAACAUGGUUGUUCUGACCCCGUGGAAAUUUUAUUAAUGUUUAAUGAAGUAAACCUUGAUAGUGGUUCCUCUAACCCCAUCUGACCUCCUUAAUGGUAGUGUUAGGUGCUGAUGACUCCAAAUAUUGCUCUGGACAGGAGAAUGUAAUUUAGGGUACAGUGGCUCUGGUACUAGCUCAGUAAGGGAAAUGGAUUGGUUUUAUAGUUAGGGUUUAUCUUUCCUCGCACACCCCCUUCCAUCCUUUUAGAGCAACUUCCACUUUGAACUAAUGUAGGAAAAGCAAUUUUAUAGACUGAUCUGGCUAUAGAUGAGCAUAACAUCUCCUAAAUCUACUGUCCUCCAUAAUCCUUAUCAGGUAACAUUUUAAACCUCUAUAGUAUUCUCCAAGUCUAUUUGAAAACUGUAUUUCUGAUAUCAGAUAAACUGAUUACAGUUGAAAAUCCUA